AUGUUAUCUACAUAAUCGUCUCUUUUUGAUUAAAUUGAAGAAGUAUGCACAAAUAUUUUGGAGAAAAAUUCUUUAGUUUCUUUGAAAACAAAACAAGAAAUAAAUAGGUAAGUUUUAUAAAAUUAAGAUAGCAAAAUUGAUGUGCAUGUUUAAAAUUAAACUAAUGAUUAAUAAUAGAAUGAAUGUAAAAAGUUUAUAAAUGUAGCAAUAAAAUGCAUAAAAAAUCACAUAACAAAAAAUGUAAACUAAAAUUAAUAUAUAUUAGAUUCUCCCAAAAUUUAAAGAUUAAUAUAAGGAUGCUAUAUAAUAUAUUGAAACAUUUAUAUAGAUGCAUGAUACUUUUGUCAAGUCUAUGAAAUCAUACAAAACUGUUUUAUACUAGGCUGUAAUUAAAAUAGAAAAUAUUUAAUAGGCACAAAUAUUUUAACAAGAAAGUAUUCAAGAGUUUUAUACAAGUUUAUUUGAUAAUAUAUUUGUUGAAGAAUUAUAAAAUGUGUUCAAAAAUGUUUUAUUUAAAAGUGUGGUUGAUAUGAUCAGAACUGUAAUUUUUUAAAUGAAAUAUUAUUUUAGGCAUGUGAAGAUGAAUAGAAAUAAUAAAAAAUAAGUGAGCUUUUAUAUAAUUUCGGAAAUGUUAUGUCUUAAUUAUAAAAAUCAACCGAAGAAGCUCUUGAAUUUAAAAUAGAGUAAGAAUUUAAAUAAAGAAUUUUUGAUUAUUUUGAAGAGAAAUAUCAAUAAAAUUAUAAAUAAUGGCAUUCAAGUUUAAAGACAUAAUUUUAUUUGAGAAAAGUUCAUUAAUAAAAAGAAAUAAAUGAGAAGGUUUUAAAGUUUGGAGAUAAAACAAUUUUAGAAUAAGUAAAUAGAAUACUAAAUUCUCAUCUUUUAACAUAUUAUAAGCCAUAUUUAUUAUCAGAGACUAAUUUUGAUAAUUUUGAACAUCUUUUAAUAGAAUUUCAUAAAGAACCUAUUGGUUAAUAAUAAAACUUAAAAUUGAUUGGAGAUUUAUAUGGAAGCUUAGAUGAUCAUUAUGAUUAGAUUACAACAAAUUUUAAAAAUAUUAUAACUUAAGAAGGAUAGAAAAUUGUGUAAAUAAAGAAUCAUCAAAUAGUAGAAACAAAUUCUGAUUAAAAUUUUUCUGAUCCAAGUUUUAUAGGUUAAUUUUAUAGUCUUUAUCAAAAAUAUUUUAUAUUGAUAGAAAGUUGUUUCAAUUAAAAAUCAGAUUUCAUUAUGGCAUUAAAUAAUUCAUUUGAGACAUUUAUUAAUUUACCUAUAGGAGUAUAUUAUAAAUAAUAUAAAUAGAAUUAUGAAUUUGCUGAUUAUUUAGUGAGUUACAUAGGAGAAUAGAUAGAGUUACUUAGAAAUUCACCAAAGAAUUCUACCAAAUCACCAGAACAGAUGGUAAAAUUAUUUGUAUUUAUUAAUCAAAAAGGUAGAUUUUUAAAAGUAUUAAAAAAUAUUUAUAUUAUUUAGUUAUAUAAAAUAUCUUUAGCUUAAAGAUUAAUAAAAUAUUAAAGAUAGAUUGAGACUAAAAAAAAUAAAUUAGCUUGUUAGAUAGAAAUGAGUAUUGUAGAAGAGAUGGAAAAAAAAUGUGGUACUUAAGACUUAGAAUCACUUAAAAUAAUGAUUAAAGAUUUUUUAAAGACAGAAAAUGAAAUAUCAAAGAUUUAAGAAGAAAAAGGAUUAAGUAAAUUAUAAAUAUAACCUCCUAUAAUAAUUAACAAAUAACAUUGGCCAGAAAUAGAUGAAUUAUAAUUAGAUCUAUAAUGUGAAAUAAUAGCAUAGUAAAAAGAAAUAAUAGCAAAGAGAUAAUAAUAAAAAACUUUGAUAUGGUUAGAUCUAAUUUCAUAUGUUGAAAUAUAAUGUACAGAAAGAGCAUUAAUAUUUAAUUUAAGUGUUCCAUAAGCAGUUAUUUUAUUACUUUAUUAAUACAGAAAUGAUAUAUUAGAUGUAAAUCGAAUUGCAUCAUUAACUGGAUUAAAGGAAUAAUAUGUGAUAUAAAAUUGUAAAAUGAUGAAAGAUGCAAAAAUAUUGGAUGAAUAAAUUGUAAAUGAUUAAGUUUGUUAUCAGUUUAAUGAAAAUUUAACUAAAUAAAAAAAAGGAAAAUCUAAGAAAAUAAUAACUGAUACAUAUUUUCCUUAGAAUUAAGUUGAAUAAGGUAAUAUUAAUAUUCAUAAAUUUAGUUAUAUCUGUUUAUGAUAAGGAUUUAGCAAUAGAAGCAGCUAUUGUUAAAAUUAUGAAGAAAUAAAAGGAGAUGUAAUUUAGUGACUUAGUUAUAUAAGUCUAAGGACAUAUGAAGAAAAAUUAAAAUGUAGAAAUACCAUUUGCUUAAAUUAAAUAAAUGAUAGAAAGAUUAUAAAGAAAUGAAUACUUAGAAAGAGAUGCAAUUAAUAUGUAAUUGAUAAAAUAUAAAUGA